AUGUCAUCAAAUCCAUUUUCUGAAACCAUUCCAUGUCGUCCAGGAAAUCCUACACACCUUUUGAAUUAUAUGUGUUUAGAUGAUGAUUAUGAUGAAGGAUUAAUUUUGUUAGAUGAACAAGCACUGAGAAUUUUAAAAAAAGUUGAAGAACCUAUCGCCGUUAUAACUGUUG